UUGAUUUUGAGGGUGCAAAGGGAUUGUAGUGCAGCUCAGCAGCUAAGGCGCAAUAUGAAGCGUUUUCUUUUCUCUUUAUUUUGGCUUGUCGGGCAUUUACAGCCAGCUCUUUCUGCUGGUUUGAAGGAUACACCGACUCUCGGGUCCAAAAAUACUCCUCGACUUCUAAGCAAAGAUAUAAGCGUUGGGCUUGAAUACCAAAUUAAUCAGAACCACAGUGUGUUGUUCUAUGAGGAGGGCUCAGAUGAACUGUACCUGGGAGGCAAUGAUUUUAUAUUGAAACUCAAUGUGGACGACUUCCACGUCAUAGAGAAAUUUCAUCUGAAUGCAACGGGGCAAGAGGAAUGCCAAGAGGACCCCUGUGAAAAUGUUAUCACUGUCAUUGAGAAGUUUCAGAACAACCUGUUUGUCUGCGGGACGAACGGACAGAAACCAGAGUGCUGGCAACUUCGCCCUUCAGUGAACAAUCAGUCUCUUGAAAUAUUCGAUAGUCGUGACGGGACAGGAAUCUCUCCAUUUAUCUACACACAGAACUCCCUAUCGCUCACAGUAGAAGGGGAUCUGUAUGCAGCAGCACCUUUGGAUGCUGAUGGAAGUACAUUGCAGUUCAGAAGACAAGCUGGCCACAGGACUAAUGUCUGGAUGUAUGACAGCUGGGUCUCAGAGCCCACAUUCAUCUCUGCGUCAUGGGUGCAGCGGAAGGACGACCCAGACAAUGAGAAAAUUUAUGUCUUUUUCCGUGAGAAGAACUCAGACCACAACCGAGAGGCUGACCCACUGAUAUCUAGGAUUGCCAGAGUUUGUAAGGUGGAUGAAGGCGGAUCAAAACGAUUCUUCCAGAACAUGUGGACAUCUUUUCUCAAGGCCCGUCUUGUGUGUGGAAUUCCAAAGGAGUCGCUGUAUUUUAACCGCCUCCAAGAUGUUUAUGUGAUGCACGCAGACAACUGGCAAGACACCAGGGUCUAUGCCCUCUUCACGAGCAACUGGAAUUCUACAGCAGUCUGCAUCUAUACAAUAAAAAUGAUUGAAAAUAUAUUUGAGAACUCCAAAUUCAACGACAACCUUCCCACACCAAGGCCAGGAACGUGUUCCACGAACAGCAAGGCUUUGCCACGUCACACAGUCAAUAUUGUGAAGGAUCACUCAGAAAUGGCCGACUGGGUUGACUCAGAUCCUUUUUAUAUAAGCACCAACAACUACACCAAGAUAGUCGUGGACAGAGUUCAGGCUGCAGACCAAAGAUUUUAUAACAUUCUGCUUCUAGCUACUGAUUCCGGGAAGAUCCAUAAAGUCUUGGAGUCUGGGUCAGAACCUUUUAUCAUAUCUGAAACGCAGCUCUCCAACUCUUCAAUCAUACAGUCAAUGAAGCUUGACUCUAAAAAGAAAACAUUAAUUGUGGGGUCUGCUGAGAGAAUAACUGCAGUGAACCUUCAGAGUUGUCAGGAGUACAGCAAGUCUUGCGAAGAAUGUGUUCUGGCCCGGGAUCCAUACUGUGCCUGGACUAACAAUGGAUGCACCUCGACUGUCCCAGGGAGCAUUCAGAAUAUCGUGGAUGGGAAAACAAACGUAUGCAGUUUAACAGUUAAAGAGCCAAGAAACCGGACCAAACGUGAGAUACCUCCACUAUCAUCAGUGCAUUUGAGGACAGUUCAUUCAGUCCCCCAGGGUGUGCCUUUCUAUCUGUCCUGUCCCAUAGACUCCUACCACGCUGAGUAUACAUGGGAGCAAAAAGGCCAAAAGAGUCCUUGUUUGCAGAUGCUUACCAACUGUCUGCACCUCAUUCCUUCCAUGUCACAGGAGAAGUAUGGCACGUACAGAUGUAUUUCAGAAGAGAAAGACUACAUCAAAGUGGUGGGAACAUACGAGCUCAUAGAGAACCAAGACCCAAAAAAGUGCUCAAAAAGCAAUACACCUGACAACUGGAACGCUGCACCAGCUCUUAUUCCAGAGAUGACAUGGAUCACGCUGCUUGUAGCAAUAAUUUCUUUUUGAACUGACUCUCUGUUACUCGCUACUUUUAAUUUGCAGUGUCAAAAUGUCAGGCCCUCUGUACUCAUGCAGCACUAACGGAAAUCCAUGUCAAGCCUUUAGCGGAACCUAACACAAAGAGGGGCUUGAACAGGAAGGGGAAAGAAAAAAGAAAGCAGUACAACCGGUCAGCAGUGCACAGCUUGAAUGGUCUCCAAUGGUGAUUGAAAACAUCGGAGCAUCUUACAUAAAACACUUUAGCUGAGUACCUUUCUUCCUUUUAACACAAUCAAUGAAAUGGAAGGCACAGAAAGUAAUCAGAGGUAAUUCCUCUUUACAUGAAUGUAUAUCUCAAGUCAACAACACUAUUAAACUAUGAGUGUAAGUGGGAAAGCUUCCAGUCAAAGGGCCACAGACAAUCUUUAAACAGUAAGUCUGCUUAAUUGUAAGUCUUAUACAAACUGAAGGGAAGAGAGCUCUUUCCACUCUGGUCCAUAUAGAACCAAAAAAUGUAAAUUAUCUGUUUUGACAUUGCACUGCUGACCCGAUAAUUUAGGAAUGUGUCUCCACCUUCUUUUUGCCUCAGUGCUCAGAAAGGUAUCUUAAAAAUGCACAAUGAAAAUAUUUGGCUUUGCAUAUUGGGAAAUGGCUUCUCUCAGUAUUUAAAAGCAGUUAUGUCAAAAAUACUCCAAAACAUGCAAAAAGUUGGCCUAUUUGUAGUGUUAUAAUUUUUAACACAUACUCACUGAAAUUGGGUAUGUGUUUUCCUGACGCGGCGCAGAGUAGGGAUAGUGAAGGUGGAUGAGUUGGCAUUGCUCAUCCACAGCAGGGGUAAUGCAUAAACGAGGAGAAGAAGCAAGUGCAUGUAGUGUGGAGCGGAUGGAAACGAUUGUCAGGGUGAUUUGUGACAGAAGGAUAACAGCGAGAGUGAAAGGGAAAGUUUACAAGAUGGCAGUGAGACCUGUUAUGAUGUACGGUUUGAAGACGGCGGCAGUGACAAAAAAGACAGGAGGCCGAGCUGGAGGUGGUAGGGAUUUUGUUUUGUUGGGAUUAGAAAUGAGUCGAUCAGAUGGACAGCUCGGCUGAGACGGUUUGGGGAAGUGCAGAGGAGGCGUAUUAUUAUACUGGAAAGGAUGUUAAAGAUGGAGUACCUCCAUAAGGGAAAAAAAAAAAUCUUAUUUUUGUACACAGUAUUAUAGCACUGAUAGCACUUUUCUUUUUUUCUUUUUUUCAUGACCUAUACUAUAAUACAAAUAAAAUAGUGCACAUAAUCCAUCCAUCUUCAUCCGCUUUAUCCGAGGCCGGGUCGCGGGGGCAGCAGCCUAAGCAAGUGCUGCUGCCCCCAUAAUAUUGUGCACAUAAUAUUUUGUUAAAAUGAAUUAUUGCAAUCACCUUGUAGAGAAAACCUCUAAAGAACACAGAGUUGGCCUCAGUAGCCUGAGAUGGAGUCAGAUUCCUUACCUGAAUUAUUGCUUUAGUCCCUUGAUAAAGAGUGUUAUAGAGCAAUAAUGUAGCUAAUAAACCACUUAAAACUUUAUUUACACCAGAAUGUAGUAAGCUGUGCCUUGUGUUGCUUUAAUUCUAUGAAUUUAACAUAAUGUCUCUUUACAGCUUGUGUCAUCAUGUUGCCUUACACACAUGUAUUUUGGUACGGUAUUAAAUUAUUUAAUCCCGAAUGUUUAAAAAAAAAAGUUUUUUUUAUAUGAAAAGUAUUAUUUAUUUCAUUAUUCACAAAAUAUUUAAAGAGAUAAGAAAACCUGCUAAUGUCUUGUAAUGAUUUCUUCAUCAUAAAAAGAGUGUGACAAUUUACUGUUCACUAGGAGUCAUCCUAUUAGGUAAGAUAUUAUUAUUUAAUCUUAGCAGGCUGUGUUUUAAUCAGCCAGAGUACUCAGUAAAUAACUUUCAGCAUGACAAGAGGGCAGAUGACAAAGCAAGGAUCUUGAGCUUAAGCUGUCUUUUACCUAGAUCUAGUCUCAGCGUUCUUAAUGACUGCACAGAGUACAUCCUGCUUAUGUAAAGAGAUUUUUUUGGGGGAAGGGGGGCACUACAGUGUAUGUGCAUAGACAAAAACAAAUGGGAAUUUGGGUGGAGUCCGAUAAGGUUGUAAGAUUUUCUUUCAGAUUAACUAAUUGAAGUCCAGAAACUCCAUGGAAACCUAGUGUUGUUUAUGCUUCUCUCAUCCUGUCUCCAAAUCUGAGAUAACACAGCAUCCAUUAUAGUGUAACACUUGACUCUGAACUUGGCUCUCACAGUAGUGGUCUCAGUCUUUUGGCCACACUCUGCUGACCAAACCCUGUUGUUGCAGUUUCAUUCUAGGAAAACACGCCCUUUCAGCCACUGACACACUAUGUUGUUGUGGGCUCUGAUUUACAGCCACAUGGUUUUAACUGUUUUGAUCUGCACUGUCUACACAAAUAUUUAACACUGUAGAAGGAGAUGGUACUUUCCACUGUUUAUGGUUCAUAUGUUGUUCUGUCUGUCUUAGGCUACUAUAAUUAUAAUGAAGCUUACUAAAUCUGUGGCUUAAGACAGAAUUUACAUAAUCCCUGAUCUAACAACUAGGUUUGUCCUUUGGUAAACCAUCUGCAUGCACUCAUGUUUUGUUUAUGUCUGGGUUCUUUUCUGAGUCACUCAUCAAGUUGUAGAAAUGUGUCAAGUGGUGUUAUAGAGGACUUACAGCUAAGCAUCACUGAUAGGCUUUACUUUAGGACUAUGUUAAGAAACACUUACGGUAUCACAGGACUAAGCUGGUGCUGCAUUGGUGUCUGAGGUCACAGAUAUGGUGACUAACAAACAUGUUUUUGGUUUCUGUUCUGUUCUGAUAAGAGUAAAUCUUCAUUCAGGACCUCGGCUCCCAAGUUUUCCUGUCCUUCUUCUCACAGGAAGACUUCAGGAAGGAAAUUAUUGGAAAACAAACACAAAUUCCGAUUAAGGAAAUUCUUAGAACUGAAAGCAAAUGUCAUAAAUGUAGCUUUUCACAUGUGCGUCAUGUUGUUUAAAGUUUCUAAGCACGCACGAUACUUUGCCUGACAUGAAUUUACAACGCCUGUCUGUAACUGCAAUCCGUUGCCAGCAGAGGUCGCUGUUAUCCAACAGACCCGACAUCGGUUCACGCUUCAACGCCUACCCUGAACUGAACACAAAUCCAUGGCUAACCUGACCCUACAAGCCAAGGCUUAGAAUAAUACUCGCAUGUGGCGGUUUCCCUUUGAAGUAGAAGACAAAACAACCUAAAAAAAAGAGCAGGAAAAAAUAAACAAAGUACCAGAUGA